CAUUAUGUUUGGAUUCCUAAAACGUCAUUAAUUUUGCUAACGCCGAUUUCCACAUCUUACAACAAGAACAUAAAGGUAUGAUACUUUUGCGUGCACUCAUUGGAGUUGGUACACUCUUGGUUCUGGGUAUGAAUUUCACGAACUCGCAAUUAUUUCCCAGUCCUGCUCCAAGCACAGAAUACAGUCCUGUUCCAUGGCCAGAACCUAGUCCAGCUCCGAAACCAGAACCUAGUCCAGCUCCGAAGCCAGAACCUAGUCCAGGUCCAAGACCAGAAUAUAGUCCUGUUCCAUGGCCAGAACCUAGUCCAGCUCCGAAGCCAGAUACUACUACAGCUCCAAAGCCAGAUACUACACGAGGUCCAAAGCCAGAUACUACACGAGGUCCAAAGCCAGAUACUACACAAGUUCCAAAGCCAGAUACUACGGGUUCAACUCCAGAGAAGCAGACUGGAGGCCUCAGUGCAGGAUUUGUAGUACUAAUAGCGGUUGUAGUUGUGGUGGCUGCUGCCAUUCCAGCGGCGUUGUUAAUUCGCAAGAGAUGGAAACGCAGUGCGAAAUCCACAGACGAUACAGUGAUGUUGGACGACACCGAGAACGCAAAACAGGAAAAUGAAGUGGCUGUUGUAUAAUACUAUACUUACAAGAGAAUAAAAAUAAAUAUGAUAACACUAGUGGGCAACAAAAAAGUAAUUUGACAACUCUGACAGGAGAGGAAGACCCAAACAAGAACCCUGUCUACAAAAAAAGUUUAAAAACAAAUGAAGCAAAACACGCUUAUAUUUACAAUGGCCUGUGUGUGUGUGCAUGCGAGCGCGCGUGUGUGUGUGUAUGUAUGUGUGCAGAGAGGCAGAGAGACGGGGGGGGGGGGGGGGGGGGGGGGGGGGGUGUGUGUGUGUGUUAUAGAUGUCUUUGUUUGUUGUGUUUUUGUUCUUUUUUGGUUUCUCCUCUCUUUUUUUCAUAUAUACCGUUAGGAUUGUCAAAUGCAUAGUGGUUCAUUCUACUGUCAAUCGUCGAUAACUCAAACUUCAAUGUCUCAAACUGAAGUGACGGUCGAAUUGUUAUACAAACUAGUAACGGCUUUCGAAAACUCGAAAUCCUCGAUCUCUCACACCACAUUCUUUGGUCCCGCCAUAAAGAUUUAGUAGGUUAUGCACCUCUAAAACUAGGCACGUGUGGAUUAAUCAAAUUGCCGUUGACAAUAGUAUUUUCAAGAGGAAAGAAUCCUGAAUCAGGUCAAUUAGGCUGCUCUUGGCUAUCGAUGAUUAAGGUGAUAAUUAAAUAAUAGAUCACCCACUAGGGGAACGAACUGA